UUUCUUUCUUUCUUUCCCAAAAUAUACAGUUUCUAGCAUCUAAUCAUUAACCAAAACUCAUGUUAUUUAGCUACUAAUCAUUAAUUAGCCUCUCUCUCUCUCUCUUUCAAAAGUUUAUCUUUUCAUUCUCUUCUUUUGUGAGCUAAAAGGUCAAAUAAUGACCUUAGAAGCUGUGGUUUUUCCACAAAAAACAUUCACCUACGCUUGCAAAGAUUACCUAUAUUCAUUAGUUGAAGAAUCUUGGAGCACCAACUACAGUUUUCAAACAACAGCAACAGUAGAAGAAGAAGAACAAGAUCUUUAUGGAAUCAUCGAGAAGAAUUUACAUCAUAAUAUCAAUCGGAAUUUUGAUUCUUCUUCUCCUUCCUUGGUGCAAAAUGGUAAAAACCAACGGGAUUCGAGUUCUUCCCCCGAAACUUCCGUUCUUCCUUCUAGUUUCGUCGUCGAAGGUGCCGCCACUGCACCAAUUAGUCGCAGGCGCAAACGACGUCGCACUGCGAUUGCGAAAAACGAGGAGGAAAUCGAGAGCCAGAGGAUGACUCAUAUUGCAGUCGAGCGUAAUAGAAGGAAACAGAUGAACGAAUAUCUUGCUGUGCUCAGAUCCUUGAUGCCUCGUUCUUAUGCAAAAAGGGGUGAUCAAGCAUCAAUUGUAGGAGGAGCAAUCAACUUCUUAAAGGAGCUAGAGCACAUUAUCCAAUCCAUGAAAGGACAAAAGAAAGCAAAAGCACAUGAAAAUGUAUUCAAUAAUAGCUCAUCAUCAUCAUCAUCAUCAUCAUCAUCAUCACCCUUUGCUGAUUUCUUCAUGUUCCCUCAAUACUCCACAUGUGCACCUCAGACCAGCACGUGCUACCCUGCUAACCCUAAUCAGUCACGUGCCAUGGCAGACAUUGAAGUGACUCUGGUUGAUAGCCAUGCCAAUAUAAAGAUACUGUUGAAGAAACAACAUGGACAGGUUAUGAAGAUGGUUGCUGGGAUUCAAAACAUUGGCCUCAAUAUUCUCCACCUAAAUGUUUCUACUCUCAAUUAUUUGGUUCUUGUCUCGGUUAGUGUCAAGGUAGAGGAAGGGUGUGAACUGAACACAGUGGAUGAAAUUGCAGCUGCUGUGAAUCAACUUUCAGUCAGAGUCCAGACAGAACCUGUAUUAUGAGUUUGCAAGAGAUUCAUAUACAUGCAUCUGCAUAAAAGCUAUAUAUAGUAGAAUAUUCUUUAUUGUAUAUUUAGUUUUAUGUCUUCUUCUGCUUUUUUCACGGCAACUAGAAAAUAUGGAGAGGACAAAAAGUAUGAAGGGACAACCACUUUGUUGUGGAGGCCCAUACUUACUCUCCAUGUGUGUAUCAAUUUGUUAUUAUUAGCAUUAUUUUGAAAUCAUGAGCAUCGUUUAUUUCUUUGGAUU